CGCACUGAACACUUGCCCAGCUCCCUCCUCCCUACUUUAAUGCUAGCUAAGAUGGUGGUUUGAGCGUAAAUUGUCUCCACAAUACUAAGAAAAGAAAGGGGACAAAACAUCUUUACAGCCUUUUAAUCACAGCAGAACAACAUAACUACGGUUAUACUAAGUGACCGGUUAUAUAAAUUUGGACAUUUCAGACGCAGUGGCUCGCAGUCCCCGCCCAAUUUGGUGUGACUCCCUUGGAGUGGAAUCCUAAGCUAAAUACGGACAGGCCCUGUGCUCUGUGACCAGCCUCAGCACUCACCCUCAUCACACCAUAGGAUGUCCCACAGCCCUGAGAUGAAGGACGACCCCAUGGAGUGCCCUCUGUGCAUGGAGCCGCUGGAGAUUGAUGACGUCAACUUCUUCCCCUGCACCUGCGGCUAUCAGAUCUGCCGCUUCUGUUGGCAUCGCAUCCGCACAGAUGAGAACGGCCUCUGUCCCGCCUGCAGAAAGCCAUACCCAGAGGACCCUGCUGUCUACAAGCCUCUGUCACAGGAGGAGAUCCAGAGGAUAAAGAACGAAAAGAAGCAGAAACAGAACGAGAAGAAGCAGAAGGUGACAGAAAACCGAAAGCACCUGGCCAGUGUCAGAGUGGUCCAGAGAAACCUGGUGUUUGUGGUUGGGCUCUCACAGCGACUCGCCGACCCGGAGGUCCUAAAACGACCAGAGUAUUUUGGGAGGUUUGGGAAAAUCCAUAAAGUGGUCAUCAACAAUAGCACAUCCUACGCAGGUUCACAGGGGCCCAGUGCCAGCGCUUAUGUCACUUACAUCCGCUCUGAAGAUGCUUUAAGAGCAAUACAGUGUGUGAACAAUGUGGUUGUUGAUGGGAGAACCCUCAAGGCUUCUUUAGGCACAACAAAGUACUGCAGUUACUUCCUUAAAAGUAUGCAGUGUCCCAAACCUGAUUGUAUGUAUCUACAUGAGCUGGGGGAUGAAGCAGCUAGCUUUACUAAAGAGGAAAUGCAGGCAGGGAAACAUCAAGAGUAUGAGCAGAAACUCCUCCAAGACCUCUAUAAAAUUAACCCUAGCUUUCUACAACCUCCAGCAUGUGGAACAGAGAAGUCAAAGAGUAAAUCCAACUCCACACAGAGAUCCAACAGUACCAAUGGUAAAGAUGGGUGGCCGACGCUGUCAGGACACAACAAACUGGCCAACGGGCUUUCAGAGGACCGCAAGUCUCCUCCGCUGCUAGACUAUCUAGACCAAGAAGUUAAUGCUUCAGAUGGGCUAGAAACAGAUCUGGUUCCUGGUCAGCGUUCUGCAUUGUCCCCCUUCUCCUCUAACUGUGACAGCAACAGUCCCAGUGACAAACCUCCAGAGUCGAUCGCUAUGGUGAACGGAGAGACUUUACAACAGAUGCCCAUCAGUGACUCCCCCUCUCCUCCCCCGGGUUUAACCAAGCCCAGCCUUGUGGUGCCCAUCAGCGUGUCAGACCUCACAGCCCGUUCACCCUUCGAGGGAGCGGCGGCUGAGUCCCAGUCGCUCUUUUCAGACAACAGUAACUUCAGACAUCCUAACCCUCUGCCCGCCGGCCUGCCCCCUUUCCCCAGCUCCCCCCGCAGCAAUUCUGACUGGCCCAUGACCCCUGAACCACAGAGCCUCUUCACGUCAGACACAAUACCAGUGUCUUCUUCCACAGACUGGCAGGCGGCCUUUGGCUUCGGCUCGUCCAGCAAACAGCAGGACGACGAUCUGGGCUUCGAUCCUUUCGACGUCACUCGUAAGGCCCUGGCCGACCUGAUAGAGAAGGAACUGUCGGUGCAGGAUCAGAGCCCCCUGUCCCCGGGGCUUCUCUCCCACGGCGGGAGCAACCACAGCCUCGGCCUGCCUCCUCUCAACCCCAACGCCGGCGCCUCCUCUCACCACUUCCCCAGCGGCCUGCCACGCCUCCCCCAGCUCCACCACAGAGCCAUCUACAGCUCCUUCAGUUUCCCCGGCAGUCAGAACAGCCAGGCCAGUCAGCAGCAGCAGCAGCAGCAGCAGCAGCAGCAGCAGCAGCAGCAGCAGCAGCCAUCCUCCAGACACCCCUGGAUGGGCGUCCCGACACGAAACAACCUCACACACUUGAACCACUCAGCCAGUGCUGCCUCACACAGUAAUUUCCUGGACCUGAAUCUGCCCCCUCAGCACAACACAGGGCUGGGAGGGAUCCCCAUCUCAGAAAACAGUGGCUCUAUAGACGGCUUAAAUGUGAAAGAGUGGCAGGACGGCCUCAGAGCUCUCCUGCCCAACAUCAACAUCAAUUUCGGGGGGCUCCCAAACUCCUCUUCCUCGUCAUCCUCCUCAUCCUCCAACAGUGUUAACCACAUUGGUGGGCCGGUCGGGCCAGCAGGCAUCUCACACAGCCUGAGCUGGGACGGCACAGCCAGUUGGAUGGACCCUGCUAUCAUCACAGGCAUCCCGGCCUCAGCAGGCAACAGUUUAGACUGUCUCCAGGACGACAACCCACCACACUGGCUCAAGUCCCUGCAGGCGCUCACAGAGAUGGACGGCCCGGCCAGCUCAGCGGUGCCCACCCCUCCCCAGCCCCUCCACAGCGGCCUCCUCGACGCCCACCUCCCCCUCCACCACAGAGCCGCCGGCGGCUGGGCUCCCUACAUGCCCCCUAACACAGCCAACCCCGCCAGCCAGUUCCACUCCCCUCCCCGCUUCCAGACCGCUUUCAGACCCCGACAGCCCGCCACAGAGCUGUUACAGAGUGCCGCCGUGGACCGCCACUGAACAGACUACAGCCGGCACCCAUCCAUUCCCCCACUACCACUUUAUACCCACUCAUCCUG